CUCCGUCUUGAUCGAUUUUUCUUUCUUUUCCACGUUUUGCAAAUGGAGCAUCCAGUCAUUGGAGAUGAUGGGUUUGGUCGGUCCAUUGUGCGGUCGUCCAGUUCGUUAUAUUUACCGUCCAAUAAAACGACGACCAAACCAUGGUCAAGUGUUGCGUUGGAUCCUCCCUUCAUGCCUCCUCCUCCAGCCAAGAAACGAACUGUCCCUGGAGUGUCCAAACUAGUGACAAGUGUUCGACGAUUAAAAAAGUCAAGAAAGCUACGUCAACUUUCCGAAUAUGAAGUGUUCAUGCCCACCACCAGCGAAGACGACGACACGGAUUACGACACUCCUCCAUAUCUCUUCUUUUCCCCGUUACCUUCCCCGCCCUCAGAAAAUACCAGUUCAUCCACUACGUCUCCGCCCCCAGCUAACCAUCCUUUCAGUAAUCGACCUGUUUCUGAUCUUAUAACUUCCCCACGAGCGAAAUUUCUUCUCCGACUCAGAAAAUCACAUCAUUCACGAUCCCAUCCAAACUCAUCCGCCGAAGAACUCGGAGACUCCCAGACAAGCGAUUCUACCCUCGACCAUUGGCGUGAGCAUCGGACCCAUUAUUUUCGAAAACGUAAAGAACGACGGCAAUUGAGAAAGAAACAUCGACCCUCGUUCAGUGAGCCCCAACCAAAAUGCACGUUUGCCGCGGAUACCGCUGCAUUCGAUCAUUAUCCGCGACGGAGAAACUAUUCCAUCAAGGAUCUUCCCGCAAACUUGAAGCCUGCCGUAUGGUCCGAUACCGACUCUCCAGACAUGGAUUGCUCCAUGCCACAAUCCAUACCUUCGAUGGACGUGAUCCAUGAUAUGUCGAAUUCUGUUCAACGGUUCCAAUACUUGCUGACCCUGGAAAUGCAGCGGCUGGAAGUCAAUAAACGUACCAUUGAGGAAUACAUUGAAAAACUGAUUCAGAUCGAUGCCAAUACCGAGUACUUGAAUACAAAGCUCACAUCGACCCGCUUUGAAAAUAUGAAGCGCAUGCAACAUCAAUUGGAAGAAACCAAGAAUCGCAACCCGUUAUUGAAGGAAUCUUUGCAACAACAUCGAAGAAUGGUCCGCAAGAUUGAAGGUUACCAUCAGCUUGUCGAUUUCAACAGUAGACUGGACACUUUGAGAAAGAUUGUCCAAUCCACCCAACGAACCGAGGCCGUCUGGCUUUGGAUUCGCCAAUGGGGUUUUCUACUCGUCAUUUCCGUCGUAUUUGCUUUGACGGUAGUCUUUCGAUACUGCAUAUAACCCAUUCCAUCUUCUUUACACACACACGCACACGUACACACAAUCCACAAUUAUACCCAUUACACAAAAUCCAUACAACCUAAUUUGCCGUACAAUAUAUUAAUUCCGCUCCUCUUCAAGGAGCCAACAGUCUUUUAAACCCCACGCAAUAAUAGUAGAAAGCAGCGCAUUGAAAUCAACUAUCUUUUUUUACUGUUUCCAAAGUAGUGCCAUACUCAUUGAUUAAGUAAGCAAUCUUGAUAUAUCCC